ACACGCCUUAUAUAAAAAGCCUUGAGUAGAUAUGAAAUCUUCGGCCACCGGCACGAACCGCAGAUACUGGUCUGAGAGGCAAGUGCUGCCAGCCCAACUUCCAAAAAAUGGUUCCCUCUCUCAUUACUUCCUUGGGUUGAUGUUUCCAGCACUAAUUCAUACAAGUACUCAUCUGAAAGGUGGGAUAUUUGGAGUUCCACGCUCCCAUAAAAGAGAAAGUCAAUUCUCCAUCAGAACACCAUGGAAAUUUUCCUUCCAACCAGCUUAUGUAGACAUGUAUAGUCUGAGCAGACGUAGGAAAAUCCUUUCCCAGGAAAAAGGUUUUAGGUGUCGAAACAUGGCAUCUCAAAACAUGGAAAAACUGGAACGUAAUGUGGCUAUCAUAGAUUACACGCAAGAUGUGCCUCUUUCAACUUCAUAUGAAGUAGCCAUGGAAGCUCUUUCUUCCCUUAUUAGACAGAAAAAACGCGGAGAUCGAAAGGGGAUUAGUGGUAAAUAUGGAAAAUUGGACAGGAUGCGGAUAUAUCUUAAGAUACUAGACUUGGAAGAGCAUAUGGCUGGGCUCAAAAUUAUCCAUGUUGCUGGAACUAAAGGGAAGGGUUCAACAUGCACAUUCUGUGAGGCUAUGUUAAGGGAAUCUGGUUUUCGAACAGGGCUGUUUACUUCUCCUCACCUAAUUGAUGUUAGAGAAAGAUUCCGGAUAAAUGGAGUGGACAUAUCUGAAGAUAAAUUUCUAUUGUAUUUUUGGAAUUGCUGGAAUCGGUUGAAGGAACAUGAAACUGAGGACCUGCCAAUGCCCCCGCUAUUUCAGUUCCUAACUGUGUUGGCAUUCAAAAUAUUUGUCUGUGAACAGGUAGAUGUUUCUAUCCUUGAAGUUGGUCUUGGCGGAAGAAAUGAUUCAACAAAUGUGAUUGAAGAGCCCGUUGUCUGUGGCAUUACUUCUCUGGGAAUGGAUCACACAGAAGCAUUGGGCAAUACCAUUGGACAGAUUGCUUCACACAAGGCUGGAAUUUUCAAGCAUCAAAUUCCUGCCUUUACUGUGCCACAAGUCUCUGAAGCAAUGGAUGUUCUUCAGGAGAAUGCCCAAGAACUGACGGUCCCCCUGAAAGUAGUGGAACCUCUUGAUUCAAAUGAGUUGAAUGGACUAAAGCUUAGUUUGUCUGGCGAUCAUCAGUUGUCUAAUGCUGGUCUUGCUGUUUCCCUUUGCAAAUGUUGGCUUCAAAGAACAGGAAAUUGGGAGAAGCUAUUCCAAAAUGAUAACAAGGAAGCUAAUUUACCAGAGGCAUUUCUUAGAGGUCUUUCUAAAGCACAUAUUGCUGGGAGGGCUCAAAUAGUUCCUGAUCUUUCUUCAACUUCAAGCUCCUCUAUUUCAUCAGAAGUAGCUGAAACUUCGGGUGAUCUCAUUUUCUACUUGGAUGGAGCUCACAGUCCAGAGAGCAUGGAGGUUUGCGCCGAAUGGUUUUCUAGUGCUGUUAAAGAAAACAACCUAUCACCAUCACUGGUUUCAUUUUCUUCACAUGACAUUGAAAGUAUAAACAAAGUGCCGGGAAAUGGUUACAUGCAGCAUGAGAAAUUCAACAUUCAAGAAAUCAAUAAAAUAUCAAAGAAGAUUCUUUUAUUUAAUUGCAUGGAUGUUAGAGAUCCUCAGAUCUUGCUUCCACGGCUUGUGAGUACAUGUGCUUCCUCAGGUACUUUCUUCUCAAAAGCCAUUUUUGUCCCAAGUAUCUCAACAUAUAACAAGAUUACUUCUGGUACCUCAGUUGUCCCUUCAGAUAUCUCUAGCAAGGACUUGUCAUGGCAAUUCAGCCUGCAGAGACUCUGGGAGAAGAUUGUCCACGGGAUAGAUACAGAUUCUUUACUUGAAAAGAGUACCAAGAUGGAUGGUGCAGAGACCUUACCACAUCGUCAAUUCCUUUAUGAGGAUGCUUCUAAUUGCAGUCCUACAGAUGGAUAUUUGGCUUGCAGUGCUGUAAUUCCUUCAUUGCCAUUGACGAUAAAAUGGUUGAGGCAUUGUGUUAGAGAGAACCCUUCCCUAAGACUUCAGGUUCUUGUCACUGGAUCAUUGCAUCUAGUUGGAGAUGUACUCAAGCUAAUAAAGAGAUGACGUCUAUUAGAAGACACUCUAGUUGGGAUUGCCCUAAAGAUUCUUAACCAUUCUUCAACAUUGAUUCUUGUCCCCAUUUUAAAGCAAACAAGGUACACCAUACAAUCCAAUAAUGCUUAUUCAUAAGCAAGUGGGCAGCAUAAUUAUAUUUUUUGUGCAAGUAACAUUGUGUAUCAUUAUUAUCAUUUACAAAACUUUUGUAUUGGAAUAUGAAAUUCUUCCAUGUAUCUGGUUUUGUCAUCUGAAUCAAUAAAUUUAAAUUUGGAGAUUUUA